AUGGGAAGAGAGAUCGACUGGGAAGAUUUUAAAACUGAAUUUGAACGGAAAUACUUUCCACCUGAAGCAAAAGACCGGCUGGAGAUUCAAUUCUUGGAGUUAACUCAAGGCAACCGGAAAGUCAGGGAGUAUGAGGCAGAGUUUACAAAGCUAAGGAAAUAUUCUCCUUAUGGAGCAAGGAAUGAAGGUGCACUAAUUCGAAGGUUUAUAAGAGGAUUGCGAGUGGAUUUUGCUAGCCGACUGCAAGUAGUGAAGUUUCAUAGCCUUUAUGAAUUGGCGGAGAUAGCGGUAAAUGUUGAAGAAGGUAUGGAGAAGGAGCAAGCCAUGAUGAAACAUGCAGAGCCAUCUCGCAGAACUGAAGGGCUAGGAGUACGAAGAAUGAAUAAUAAAGGACAAUUUAAUCGAGGGAGAGGCCGAGGAAGAAGGAAUGACAGACGGUUUACGAAUGGCCCAGAUGUGUGUUACACUUGUGGUGGUACAGGACAUUUUUCUAGCAGUUGUCCUUAUAGUCAGGGAAGAAAAGCCCCUGAUUAUAUUACUUGCUUCUCGUGUGGUGAGAAAGGGCAUUAUGCCAACAGUUGUCCCCAUAAGAGACAAGUUACGCUUCCAGCACCACCCACUAGACUAGCGAUUGAACCAGCCCCGAAGCGCCAGGCAGUUGGAAAGCAAGUGAAUGCUUUAGAGUUAGAAAAACCCGAACCACAACAGCCCCAUCAGGGACCGAUCACAGGAACAUUGUGUGUUGGUGGAGUUUAUGUGCAUGUUCUCUUCGACUCGGGUGCCACACAUAGCUUUGUGACACCCGAGGUAGUGUCGAGUUUUAAGGGAACCUUUACUAGAGUAAAGGACAACACGAAGUGA